UGGCAUGAAUGGAGUUUCCUGCAAAACAUUCAAACUAAUAACAACACAAAUCCAGGAAAUAAGUACUUUUUAUCAGGCUAUCAGUGUCUCAGUUAAGGUUCUGAAGUUGUUUUGCACCAGAGAACUAAGCCUUGUCAGAACUGAUGAGUAAGUAUACACACUCCACAGCUCCCUAUUCAUGUCUCAUCGGGUGAGGAAAAAGAGGGAUUUGUUAUGAAACCAUGGCAAAAACACAAAAGGAUCCUCCACAUUUCAACCAGUGUUUUUCUCCGCCCACAGCUGGAAUGCAGUACAGCUGGUUUCCGUGCUCUGGGAAAUAGAUCUGCUCUACAGUCCUGAAUAAACACGGACAUAUGGAUAUAAAAACUGAGUUUGCUAGUUUUGGGUUUGCCAGUGCAGGCUGGUUUUGCACUAUCCUUACAAGAUUUCUACCAAUGUGGAAAGUAAGUGGAAGGGUGGAAAACACCACAACAACACUUCCAUUGUACUGGGAUGGAGUGUGGUUAAACUGGCAACACCACACAACUGGAAGGCUUCACUGCACCUUCUAUCAGUCUCUGCUAUUUCUGACUGAACAUUUCAACACCUGGAAAAUCCUCAUCAUCACAUCUAUUGGAAUGGGAGUUAUUGCCAUGGCAGUUUACGCUAUUGGGUGGAUACAUUAUCCUAGGAAUAUAUGGUUUAAAGCUGCCUCCGGGCCAUUGUUUGUUGUAAGUGGGCUGCCGUUACUGGUGGUGGUAUCCUGGACUACACAUUUAACAGAUUCGAAUGCUAAUGUCUUAUUAACACGGGAAUGGGGAGCAGCGAUCUUCACUGGCUGGUUGGGCGUAGUGUUGCUUAAGGUGGGUGGUGGAGUGCUAAGCAUUAUUUGCUGUAGAGCAGUACAGAAGCAAAGACAGGAUGGAAGCCCAGCGCAAACUUCAGAGCCAGGGGUUCAGGUUCCACUCCAUACCAUUCACAGCACUACAUUUAUACAAAGCCCCCUUACUGGAUGACUUUAUUAAUGGACUGACUUAGUAGACUGUGUUUCUAAGAAUGUCUGUUGUUGCAUCUACUCUAAUAAUUAAUAUGUUCUAUGUUCUUGUGAACACUCAUUGGUCAUAUAUUUAAUGUUAGACAAAGGAACUUUGCUCUGGUUCAUGAUUCAGUGUUUGAAAACUGACAUUUUGGAUUUUUUUUAUUAUUUUUUUUUUUUGCCCUUCUUCUUUAUGAUCACCCCAUUACCAGAUCUACACAAAAUUGGUGGAUUCAUUAAAAAGAUUUUGGAAUCUUGCUCUCUGUCUCUCUCUCUUUCAUGUAAACAUCCUUCUUCUUCUGAUAUUUGCAGCAGACUAUAUGCAUCAGAGGCGUAUUGCUGCCCUCCUCAGUUCAUAUGAAGAACUACACCUAAUAGGUCAUAUCCUUAUAUAAAGUCCAGUUCGAUGCAAAAAGAUUAUAACAACCUUAAUUGUCUCACAGUCCUUAGUACUAAGAAUUGAUUUUGAUGAAUAAAUUGUAACUCCAGAUUCCAAUAACUCUGAAUAUGUGAGAUUUCUUUCUGUACGAUGGAUGACACAUUUGCAUCAAUACAUGUCACGCAGUUUCUGCAUCUCCACAUGCAUCUGCAAUCUGGAUGCUUUCCAACCAUUGCCAGCCCAUAAUUCAAAGCACAAUGCCCAAAUCUUAGUCUAGUAAUAACCACACUAUCCGUCCUUCCCAAUCUUAUAUUUUUUUGAAAGUUUCACUUUUGGCUGAAAUGAAAAAUAAUGUCUGCCUUUAUUUCCCUCUUCCCAUUCUUUCUGCCAUAGUUUUGUUGUUCCUUGCUGAAUAAUAUUUUUACACUCAACCCUUCCAUACAUUAAUUCCAAUUCAACUUCAUUCUAUACAGUUUUUAUUUAUUUAUUUAUUUAUUUAUUGCUAUUUCAUCAGCCUCUUCAUUCCCCUCUAUCCCUAUGUGUGCUGGAACCCAAAAGAAUCCCACUGUAUUUCCCAUUUUAAUUACUCGAUUUAAUGCUACUAGUAUUUCUACUAUUAAAUCUGAUCUAGCCUUACGCUUCCUUCCCUUUAUUGCCUUUUUCCAGGUCUAUUUUCCUCCACCCACCCAAGAGCCCAUAAAAUUGCCACAAGCUCUGUAAUGACUGAUACAUUAUCUGACACUCGUUUUCCAUUCGGGUAAACGUGAAUAUUUUUAUAAAUAUGCAAACUGUUCAGAGUGAUUUCAGAUUUGAAGUCCAAAAAUAUGCAUGCAUAUUUUAAUGCUGUAUCUUUCAGUACAAAACAGGCUGAUGUGCAUAUAAUACUAUAUUAUGUGCUUUAACAGCAUUGUUCAAAAUUAAUAAGAUUACUUAAUUUUGACACUGUAUUGACUUAAUUAUUAUUGCCCCAUCGUUAUUAUAUAUGUAUUUUAAGUCUGUCAUGAUUCCCAUCUCUUGUGUUCGAUUAUCUUGUGUUUAAUUGACUCUUAUUUUGAAGUAUUGCUUUUGUUUACAUUGUUCCUGUGUUCUGACUUCCUGUGUUUAGUUCCUGUUUCUUUUGUUUCAUUGCCUGCCUUAUUAGGGGCUUUCACACAGGGUAGUUAUAGGAACUUUUUUUUUAUUUAUUUAUUUAUUUAUUGAGUUAACAAUAGGGGAAUAGAGCACUUGAAUCUAUAAAACAAUGAAAUCAAAAUGUUGCAUCUUGUAUCAAAAAUCAAUCAUCUAAUACAUCAAGUAUCUUUUUCAACAGUCAAGAUGUCUUAACAGCUUUAUGAUUGUCCUGUAUUGAGAAAUAAAAUAUUAAUUUUAAUUAUAUUGUCCAUUUCCAAUAAAUCGGUAUCACAUUCCAUAAACAAGACAAUUUGAUCAGUUAUAGUAACAAACUUUUAAAACAAAGUAAGAUUAAAACAAAUAAAGAAACUUGGGACCAAAACAGUUUGGUAUAUAUAUAUUACCUACUGUAAGUACAACUGAAAAAUAAAUGUAAGAUUGUUUCUUACUCCUCUUUACAACAACAGCAUAAUGGCAAGAACCCUUCUUUAAACUUACUAAUAAAGUCAUUACAUGAAUAAUAUCUAUUUAUUAUUUUAAAGUGUGUUUCUGUCACGAUCACCAGCUGGAGUGCCAGAGGGCACUCCAUCCCAGACUAUUGUCACUCCCUCAUGGACUACAUUUUCUGUAAUACUCUGUUUGGACUCAUCAUCAAUGAUUGUCUUCAGCUGCAUUUCAUUAGCUCAUUACCCCUGCCUAUAUAAGCCUGGUUGAUUUUAACAUUUAUGGUGAAGUCUUGUAUGUGUCAGCACUGCAUUUCUGAGUGUUCAUUUAGUUUCGAUCCUGUUUGCCUGUACCCUGUUAUUGUUUGGACUGUUUAGCCUGUGUUUAUAACCUUUUGCCUGUUGUUGGAUUACCCUUCAAUAAACUACUGCAUUUGGAUCCUCAA